GGCAAGCCGCCGAGACGUGCAGACGAGCAGCCGCCAGCGCAACAACUUCCGCUGCAGACACCGGACCUGUUCUGCGGCUUUUUGAUCGGGGUUCGGUGGCAAGAGCAGCAAAGUGGCAACGAGAAGAAGGGUUCGAAACAAAUAAUGUCGGACCGAGAGAGUGGCGACGAGCAGCUGCAGGGCCAAAGCAUGAACGAAUACGACCGGAACAGCGGGAUCGAUGGGGCCGGAAGUUCAGAGUUCGAGUCUGGUGGACAGCAGCAGGGGGAGCAGGAGUUGGCCACCAAAAUGCUGCAGAUACAAUCCAAAAGGUUCUACCUGGAUGUCAAACAAAACAGAAGAGGUCGAUUCAUCAAAGUAGCAGAGGUGAAAUAAAAAUUCCAUUGGGCCGAUGGCCGCCGAAGCCAAAUCUUCCUCGCCCUGUCCACAGCUGCCGAAUUUCGGGACCACCUUUCCACAUUCAGUGACUUCUACUCGUCACUGGGCCCACCAAACCCGGAAAACGUUCCAGAAGAUGGCAAACUCAAGUCUGAAAUGAUGAUUAAGGAUAAUCGUAGAUACUAUUUGGAUUUGAAGGAGAACUCUCGUGGACGAUUUCUCAGGGUAUCACAGACAAUUACAAGAGGAGGGCCAAGGUCGCAAAUCGCGAUUCCAGCACAAGGAAUGAUCGAGUUCAGAGACGCACUCACAGAUUUGCUCGAAGAGUUCGGAACAGAUGACGGUGGCUUCAAAGGAGAGCUGCCCGAAGGCAGACACAUGCGUGUUGAGAACAAAAACUUUUACUUUGACAUUGGGCAAAACAAUCGUGGAAUCUACAUGCGCAUCUCAGAGGUGAAAACAAACUUCCGAACUGCCAUCACAAUCCCUGAGAAGUCUUGGGUGCGAUUCCGAGACAUCUUCACCGACUACGUGGACAAAAUGCGCGACGCCGGUGACAAGAGCAGUGCUGGCGGAGGUGGCGGGACGACGGGCGGCGACGCGUCCGGCAGUUCGUCCAGCAAGUGAGAGGGCGCCCGGCUGCGUCGGGACGCUCCGCAACAACGGCUGUUGAUCACCCCCUACCAACUCACAAUGCACCAUCCACAACAAAUGAAUGAUGAGACAAAUGAGGACGAGUGAGUGUGUGCCGCUCAUUCUCGCUCCAACUCACUCGCCACCCAAACUCUCUCACACACACAUACAUACAUAAACACACACUUACACACAUAAACACACAACACGACACAUGCUGAUGAUGAUGAGAAUGCAGUUGCCCCGCCCCUCUUAUACUAAGGGAGGCGCGAGCGAGCCCUAGUGUUAUUACGAUACAAUUUUAAUUGUUGUUGUGGUGAGACGCGACAGUAUUUGCCAACCACAUAUCGGAGAAAAUUCCUUUGUCCGUAAACGUACACGUGUUGAGUUUGUAGAUGAUGAACAAAGAAAAAAUAAUGUUGAGAAAAUGAAUGGAGCCGAGAGAAUGCGACUGAACGAGAGGUUGGCCAAUUCAAAUGGAAAAUACAGAAAAUAUUUAAUUACAGAAGAGAUAAGAGACUCUACAACCGUAGUUCGUAAUGCUACUCGAGAAGAUGAAUCUAUGCGAUUUAUUAUGAAAAGCCGAGAAAGAGAGUUUCAAGAAAAAGUGUUAAAAUGUGAGCUACCGACGAGUGACUGAGUGAGGGAGUUUUAUUAGCGUUUAAAACAUAGAGAGAAAAAAAGAGAACUACGUAUCUAAAUAGGUAAGAAGAGGUGAUUUUUGUCAGCUGCCACAAGUUUCAACGACUGCCAGUGACCAAGCAAGAUCUUCUCUUAGCAAUCUGAGUCUAAAGACCCGCAGAGAAUUCUCAUUGUCAGCUUAUUAUUGGAAAUUUGGUUUGUUUUUUAGCACCCACUGCUCACCUAUGAAAUUAACAAACAUGUGAUUUUGGUUCUUAAACCUAUUUUUGGGAAUUUGAAAUUUCCAAACUCUUUUUUUUUAAGAGUAUAAAUUUUAUGAACUUGCCCUAGCGGUUUUCUCUCUAGCCUGAUUUUUCAAUCCAGUGGUGUGCUAUAAAAAUUUGAGUUUCUCUGCAGGCAAAUGACUACCGAUUGCUCAAAGAAUUUCUGUUUCCCCCAAAUUUGUUUGUGGAAACUUAAGUUGGGAUUUGCAACAGUUGAUGAAAGUUUCCUCGGCUGCGAAAAGCGCUUCAAUGUUCCUUCACAGUGGAUAUAAUUCUCUUGUUAGUUUUUGAUCUUUCCGUCACAAACUCCAUCGACCCAGAUGGAUAAUUAUCACGUUAAUUAAUUUUGCGUUACUUUGGUUUGAAGUCGAAUGAAAGCGUCCAGUGGUGUGGCUAAUAGAAGAAGAAUGCUUUCUGAGCAGCUGUGAAUCGAUAACAAUACUAUUACUCUCAUUUCGAACUUGGAUGGAAAAAAAUCGCAAUAGUACUUGAUUGAUGAUUUGUUAAUAGCUGUGUAAUUUCCUACAAAUUAAGAAGAAUGGAAUUUGUAAGUCUUCGGUCCCUCGCUGGAAUCGACGAGGAAUGUGUAACUUGCGUGAAACCUUCAUUUAUAUACAAGUACCAAUUUAUUGGUACCCAAUCAAAAUUGAUCUUAUGCAAAAUAGUCUUCUGUAAUUUGAAAAAUCAGCUGUGCUGAUCGAUUGCUUGUAACUUGGGAAGUGUCCACUUUGAAAACACUGGUUGUUCAAAGCCCAACAUUGACCUCUAUUAGGAUGAAUGAUAUUUAAUUGACACUGGUUGUCACAGAACUCAAAAAUUUAGGACACUUCCCAGCAAUAUUUUUAAAAUUUGACACCUUUUGAAAGAUUUUUGGACAAAAUCGACCGAUUGGUUCAACUGCUCUGAAUUCAAUUGCUGGAAAAUUGAUUGAAUGAGGGGGACCAUGAUUUGAAAAUUUAACCAUAUUUAUUUACUCAAAAUUUUGUGGGGUUGGCUUGCAAUGUGUGCUGGUUCACAUUUAUUUGUGAUUAGGAGUGUUUUACUAAUUGGUGGCUCAAAAUUCUUGCUAGUGGGACCAACGUCCGAAAUGCCGGGCGAAAGAGGGCGAUUGGCGUGAUCAGUCAAAUUGACGCAUUUUUGUAUUGUAUUGACCUAGAGGUAAGAGAGGAGCCAACCCCCGACGCAAUUCUAGUUUGUGCGAAAAGAAAUUUUACAUAAAUGUCUGGUACAUACACUCGGUAAAUUGUUGUAAGGAAGGAUGGAAAGAAAGCAAGCUGGGCAGAGUGAUGAUCUCUUGCCAAACAAUUGUUUAUUAAUUUUUUUUUUACUUUGCUGGACAAAAGUUUUGUGUGGAAAUAGCUGACAGCGGGAGGAAUUGAGAGAGAAUAAAUUUCCAAAAGUAAUUAUUUAAAAGCCAGAUCAAUAUUAUCCAAUUAUUUACAAAUAACGUCUGUCAAGAAGUGUGUUGCACGGAAAGGGUUAAUCAAUUAAUUUCCAGUCCACAGCGCAAGUAGACGAAUGAACUGUUUAAUUAAGUGGUGACAAAAAGAGAAAAAAGGAUAUUGCAUAAGCAAGCGAGUAAAUUUUCUAAGGAGAAUAAUUCGUGUAAUUAUUAAUUAAGCAUUGUUUUUUUAAAUAAAAAAAGGCAAGAAAGAGAGAAUGUAAAAGAAGAAAAACAACAAUAGGCUUAUUAAGUUACUCCACGCUAUUUAAGGAAGGGUUAUUAGUUUUUACGCGAGGUAUUUAAUUUGUAAAUAAAUCUUUAACGGUAAACGAGCAGAUGGUGAUGACGGAGAAAAUUAUAGAAGAAGUAAAAAAAUGAAAAUUCAUUCUUAAGUGUAAGCGCCAAAAAAUGUGUUUGGGAAAGCAAAAAAGCCGCAUCAAAACUCAUCCCACGCCAUUUUUACUCUCAUGCCCCCCGAAAAACGAGAUAUAUUUAGUUAAAAAUUCCAAGUCUUUUUGAAAAUUUUAAAAAUGUAAAAACGCAGUCGAAAGUUUCUGAAACUAUGUUCUGCCUUAGUUACUAGUCAUAGCAAUAAAAUCCAUGUCAGCCUUUCGAAAACUCACUGAAACAAAAAAUCUAUUCACCAUUAAUUGUGUUAUUGGCGCUCAUUUGUUUAAUAUGAAACCUGAAAACCCUUCCACAGAGAGAACCAUGACACCAUAAUAUGUUUGAAAAGAGUUAUUUUAAGACCUGGAGCAAAUAACGGCAAAUCUAAAAAUGAAAAUUUGGGUCCGCGUGUUCUUUCUCACAGUGAAGUUUUCGCGUUCGAGCAUAGGAAAGGCUGCAAACUUGUUAUGAUGAGUAAGAUUUAUUGGUUUGUUUUUUCUUCUCUAAGUACCCGCUUACGAAUCGAUUCUUGUAUUUAAGCGACGAAUGGUAAUCAAUCUUGAAUAACAAUUAUUAAAAACGCAGACACACGCAGGUCAUUUUGUAAUAGUGCAUGUGAUGUUCAUGGAUAUAGAUGACGAAAAGAAAUUUAAAAACAAGUAAAAGAAAAUCUCACAAAAAAAAAAAUAAGAAAAUUAUGUAAGGAGGAGAGGAGGAUGUAAAAAAAGAAAAGAAGAAGUUUUGUAGUUGAUACACAGACAGUCUCACGUCAGACACAAGCGAAAAUCUCUGUUUUCAUUUCUCUCAUGUAUAAGGAUAAUUGAUCUGUUGGCGGAGACGAAAAACAAGAAAGGUUAAAAAGUAAUUAUAUUCUUAUUUGUAAUAAGCAGGAAGAAGAAACGCUAACAACGGAAAUGUGAAAACUUGAUGCAGUCUCUUUGACGAAAUAAAAUUGUGGAAAACACUGCCACUAGCAAAGUACCAAA